AUGGUAUCUGAGAGCGAUUACGCGCACGCCACGAACAUCUGGCAACGGUUCGCCAUUCAAACCUUAGGUGAAUAUAGCGACUUGUAUCUGAAGAUUGAUGUCUUGUUGCUGGCCAAUAUUUUUGAAAAUUUUCGCAAUAGUUGUAUCAAAAGUUAUGGGUUAGAUCCCGCGUAUUAUUACACUUUGCCUGGUUUUACGUGGGAUGCUAUGUUGAAGCAUACGGACGUUAAUUUCGAACUGCUCACUGAUAUCGAUAUGGUCAUGUUCAUCGAGCGCGGUAUUCGCGGUGGCCUCAGUCAAUGUUCCGGUAGAUAUGCAAAAGCCAAUAACAAGUACAUGCAGUCUUACGAUCCAUUGCAACCAUCAUCAUACUUGAUGUACUUCGAUGUAAAUAACUUGUAUGGUUGGGCAAUGUGUCAACAGUUGCCAUACGCCGAAUUUCGAUGGGUCGAUGAUGUAUCGAAUUUCGACGUAUCAUCAAUCGCACUAGAUUCACCUAUAGGUUACAUUCUGGAGGUUGACUUAGAGUAUCCGCAACAUCUGCACGACGCACACACUGACCUACCGUUCUGUCCGACACGGGGCAAACCGCCAAACAAAAAGCAGGACAAGCUUCUCGCAACCUUAUGCGAUAAGCAGCGUUAUGUGAUUCAUUAUCCGCAACCUGCAGCAGUGCACGCGUCACGGUCUUCGUAUUGGAAAGAUACACCGCAUACUCAAAUUUGCUCAAUCUCCAUGGCUCCGCGAUUAUAUCGAACUUAA